UCUGUUAAAAAACAAAAACGCUCUUGAGAGUGGGUUUAAAGUGCAGCCUACACAUAUGGAGUAACACUACAAAACAUUAGGCUGUUAGGUCACCUGCUCAUUUAAGCAUUACAAAUGUUGAUCAUUAGCUGUUAAUGUAUAUUUAUUCUAGGUUACACAGUAAUCAGGAUUACGCUGUAACCCAGGAUUGUUAAGUUAGCAUUUUAAAUGAUCUAUGAAUUCAGUUGUCGGUUAAUAAGUAUCUACUCCAGUAUCUUACCUAUAUUGUGAAACGCAACGCACAUAAUUCAUCAUCAAUACUGCGGUUACCUGGGAUUUUGUGGGAGUGUGUGAAGAAAUACCUUUUUAUCCAAACAAUUGCAACCCUGGGUCAGGAUUUGAAAAGACUCAGCCUUGUUCUUUCUGGUGAUACUCAGAUCACUAAACAAGAGGAAACACUCUGGGAACUUGGGAAGCGAAAGCUGACACCAAAGCUUGGGUGCCCUUGCUCUCUGUAUAGAAGUUAUUUGAUCAAGGCCUUAGAGAAAAAGAACCUCACACAAAUGCAAACAAGGCCAAAUUCUUUUCAGAUAACAAUCCACAGUCUCACACUGCCUACCUCAAAACAAAAAAAAGGAACUCAUUAUGAUCUAAAAGAAAUACAGAACUUUUAGAAACUAUAGUUUUUACUUUCUCAGUUCUCUAUGAAGCAUUUAACUUAAUUACCCAUAUGAAAAAUGAAUUAUGUUGACUAUAAGAUACUUAAUGUCUGUGUUAAUAAAAUAAGUUAUUAAUAUCUCCACAGUUUUGGCUGGGGCAAUUCUACAAUUCGGUGCCUUUUGAGCUUUAAAACUUUAAAAAAAAAAGAAACAUAUUUAUGUUUAAUCAUAUAUAAAUUCCAGAUCACGUCAAGCUAAAUGGCCUAAAACCAAUACAUUUUGACUAACAAAAUAUCUACACUGUUAUGGACAAACACAUUUAGUCUGAAAGAAUGUACUCCACUAAACAUGAGUACAUUUCUCACGAUUUCUCUGUGUACUAUUACAAUGAGUGAACUAUUGAACUAUUAAUUAAUAACUUACAAAGGAUGGACACAGCCGUAAGAAUGGACAAAAACCUAGACCAACAAAUCAAAAUGAUUAAAGACAUCCACCUUGUUUUUCUAUAAGAUUGGGUGCAGACAUUUGUAAAUUUUAUGGGUCUGGCUUCCGGUUUCAUCCGUGUCCAGCUAUUUUUAGCUGUACAAAACAGUUAGUUUUGUUACUUAAUAUUGGAAACUGGUAUGUCUUACCAUAUUUCUUUAAUGUAUUAUCUUAAUUAUGAACACACUGGUUUGUUGUGCAUUCUUCUCAUUAUUUCCCUAUAGCGACUAAUGAACCGGAAGUCUCGCCCAUAGGUUUGGUUCCGCUUUAAAGAAUAAUAUUUUGUCUUGGACCCAAAGCACUGUGCGUAAUAUAACAACAGUAAUAAUAAUAAUAAUAAUAAUAAUAAACUUAUUUUCUCUUUUUAAUCAGCUCAUUAUAGUUACACUCGGGUGAAAUGCAACAUUAUGCUUGCAUUAUGAACUAAAGGAUACGAGCCGGUUAAAAAAAGGGAAAACAGGCUAUCCAGAGAUAGCCUGAACUCUCAACGCCUCUUUUAAGUCCACCCUAUCGUUUUUCCUGUCGCGAAAAGUGUUGAAAUGCAUUGCACUAGCUCUCGUUCCGCUUUUCCCAUGUUCACCUGUUGCGAGGCUCGUGUACUGUACUCGCGAUGUUUUGAAGGCCGCCUGUAGGUGGAGUCAGGAAAACAUCUGGUGAUCCGCGCUCUCUCUGUCGACACGUCCAAUCUAAUCCGCCGCACCGGACAGCAGGCGCAAGGCGUCAGGGACGAGAGCCCGACGCCUCCGGAGACGAGUUAACGGUUGCGAGUGUGACAUCAGAAAGCGUACGGUCUAUAUGAACGCCCCGUAGCGCACGAGACCGACUGGGAGGCAACCACGGAGUGCACCAAAUGAAGACAUGAAUAAGAAGGGAUGAAGUCAUCUCCUGCGCUUUAUGGCCAGCAAACAUCACCGAUGAAUGCAGUGAUCGAUCAAGCCACCGCUCAAGAGGCCUGGAUGGUGGAGGAAUCGCUCUCGCUUGCUUUCGGCCGUAUGCGCAGAAUGUCGCGGGAGAGGUGUGGAAAGAGGCAGGUUGAGAUCUAUUAAUACGGACAGACCCAUUGAUCAUUCAGCUCAGCUGCUUUGCCCGUCAGUGCAGUGCCUGCCUGGUUAAUACUGCCCACCGGACCGCUGGCAUCGGGCUAUGGGCGCACCGUGCGGAACGCGUUUGUGUGAUGAAUAAAUGACAUUGGCGUCUCACUCGCGUAUCAUGCUGGUGGACCCUCCGCCGUCACGCACAGCGCCUCGGCUCCUGGACAUCAAGUGAAAUACGGUGCAAUGUGUUCGUUUUGGAAAUUCAAUAAGGUGCGCAAUAAAACACCGUGUGAGUGCCGCGGAGCAUCGGACAGGGUCGCAAUCCACGCCGUGGCCUGUGUGUGAAACGCGCCGGAGAAUGGAGAAGUUCCUGCAGAUAGCGCCCCAUUCCCUUGCCAUAGUGCUGUCGCGGGUCAGCACGGAGGAAGCAGCCGCGGUCACGGAGAAGCUUCAGCACCACCACACCGGCUAUGAGAUUUUCGCCGACUUCAAAGCGGAGAACAUGCAGCACUUCUGGAAUAAGAAAGUCACGGACGCCAUAUCGGAGACCUUCUUCUUGGGCUGGAUAGAUGAACAUGUUCUGCUCAUUCAAGGCAAGGAGGAUCACUUGGAGGUCCUGAGGGAAGGAUGGACCCGGAGAGCCCUCAAACCACCGCGGGGCUUCGAGAUCAAGUGCAUAGGCGAUGUAUCUCCGAUCAGUAUGUCACCCAUCAGUCAGUCUCAGUUCAUCCCACUGGGAGAGAUUCUGUGUCUGGCCAUCUCAGCCAUGAACUCUGCCCGCAAGCCUGUCACACAAGAUGCGCUGAUGGAGCACCUUGCCACCUGCUUCCCAGGUGUACCCACUCCGAGUCCAGAGAUCCUGCGGCACACGCUGAACAUGUUGGUACGGGAGAGAAAGAUCUACCCCACACCAGAAGGUUACUUCAUUGUUACACCACAGACCUACUUCAUCACCCCAUCCCUCAUCCGCACCAACAGCAAGUGGUACCACUUGGACGAGCGGCAUCCAGAGCGACAGCAGCAGCAACAACAACAGCAGCAGCAGCAACAGCUGCAACAACAGCAGCAGCAGCAGCAGCAGCAGGCGCCACCUCAACAGCAAUGCACAUCCCCACAAUCUGGAACCAUCACUCCCUCCACCUCUGGCUGCGUACGAGAAAGGCCUAACCCUAAGAACCACUGCGACUCCUACAACGCCUACCGCGAUGAGGUGCCCAGCAUUCAUACCUCUACAAUUCAAAGAAAAUCCCCAAAAGAACCCAAAGGAGAUCCCCCUUCAUACCCCCAACCCCCACCCCCUCCACCUGCCAUUCAGCACCCUCCUGACCCCGCCGACAAGAGCAAGAGUAUGACGGCCACCUUCUCUUACAAGACAGACACACUAACCAAGAAGAAGGAGGGCAGCGGUGGGGGCAGCAGCGAGAGGCAGUCCAAGAAGUUUGGGUUGAAGCUAUUCCGCUUGAGCUUGAAAAAGGACAAAACCAAACAACUGGCCACCUUUUCAGCACAGUUCCCUCCAGAGGAGUGGCCCUUGAGGGACGAGGACACACCGUCUGCCGCAGCAAUCCCUCGUGAGGUGGAGAUGGAGAUCAUCCGCCGCAUCAACCCAGACCUGACGGUGGAGAACGUGGCCCGUCACACAGCUGUCAUGAAGCGGCUGGAAGAGGAACGAGCUCAGCGCUGCAAGGCCAGCUCCUCCGCACAGCACAGUGCCCGCAGUCGCCGUAGCCGAGGCCACCGGCGUGUGCCGCACGGGAAGUCGCGUUCGCACAGCAAGACGCGGGCUUCUCGGGGAGACCCCUCUGAGGGCUCCAAUCUGGACCUGCCAGCAGUCAGCCUGGAGAGGGACUACCGUUUUUUCAGUCACUCUCUGGUACGCUCGCCGAGAGAGGGAAUGUACACGGUGGAACGCAGAAGUGGUGGUGCCUACCUUGUCCACAGCAACCCCAACAUUGCCGAGUCGCACUUUCCUGUCACCCCGGAGUGGGAUGUUUCGGGGGAGCUUGCAAAGAGGCGGACAGAGAUGCCUUUUCCUGAGCCCUCACGUGGGACGUCCCAUUCUAGAGUGCACCGGAGCCACAGCCACACUCAGGACCGCAAGUCACGCAACGAGCGGCCCGACAAGGCUAAAGAGCGAUCACGUUCUAUGGACAACUCCAAGGGCCCGCUGGGAGGUGGGAGCUCCACGCUUGGCACAGCCGAGGACUACGAUCGCAGUCCCGACGACAGAAGCCGCUACUAUACCGACGACGGGACGCUGAGGGCCUCCUCUCAGAAGGCCCCACACUACUCGUGCAUCAUGUUUUCUGCUGCCAAGUUCAGCUCUGAAAUGUCUGUACCUGAUAUGGGCAAAAUGAGUCUGGACGAAUCGAGACUCUGCAGCCCUCUAGAACGGAACAAGAGCAGGGACAGCCUCCCAGCCUACAGUGACCUGAAGGCCCUGUCGCCAAAGCCUUUGGCUGAUGACUACUUCCAGUGCAAUACAUCGAAUGAAACAAUCCUUACUGCCCCGCUGCCUCUGGGCAAAUCUGACCACGACACUUUAACCCCAUCUGACGGAAUGCGCAAGGGCUCUCCAGCUGACCGGCAGACGCCGCACCUCACCUCUCCUCACCCCUUGGAGGACUCCUCCACCAAGGGGCACAACGGUUCUGGCAAACCCACACCGAGCCAGACGCCUGAGCCUAUGCCCAAUGGACGUUUGAUACAGCACCAACAUAACACUGACCCAGGGGGUGGGGGAGGUGGUGGUAGCACUGGUGGCGGGGUGGACAAGAGGAAAGAGAUUUUUAGUAAGGACACUUUGUUCAAACCGCCACACAAUGUUUUGACUGUGAGCUAUGUGGACAGUGGCUACUCAAAGUCAGGCACUUUGCGUAAGACUCCGCACAUGAAAUCAUCCGAGGUCCUCGAUACUCUGGAGACCCAACAGCCACCCAACUCCGCCCCUCUGUCUGCUUCUGCCCCGGCACCUACAGGCACAGAACAGGGUGCUCCCUCCACAUCUGAAGCUGCUUUUGACUAUUACAACGUGUCAGAUGAUGACGAUGAGGAGGAGGCAGAGGAGGCCUCCCAUAAAGAGGCCGCCCCGACAGAAGCAAAGGGGCGGGCAGGGGCCGGAGACGGUGGUGGAGGUGGCGGGACCAUGCAGUGGUUACUAGAACGGGAGAAAGAGCGGGAUUUACAGCGAAAGUUUGAGAACAACUUGACUCUGCUCAGCCCUAAGGAGAGCGAGAAUAAUAACAGCCAGAAGUCGGCUCACUCAGCACGGCUGGACAGCAUGGACAGCAGUAGUGUGACUGUAGACAGUGGGUUUAACUCCCCUCGCACACGGGAAAGCCUGGCGUCCAACACCUCGAGCAUUGUAGAGAGUAACCGGCGACAGAAUCCGGCCCUAAGUCCAGGCCACAUGGGUACCACCAGCAUCGGCCCCCCAUUCAGCUUCCGUGCAAUCCCAGAGCCCCCUACCACGCAACCUGAGAAACUGCAGAAAUCCCCCAACUGCCUUGCCUCCAUCACCAGCGUCUGACAUGGGCCCAUCUGGGUUGACGUAGGGUCAGGGUGAUCUGCAACGUUGGGGUGCCUAAGUGCAGGAGGUUGGGUGACUCCCUCCAUCAAGCACCUCGACUACAUGGGGACUGUUAAACCCACAGGCAUGGCUUCCAGAGACUGUUCCCACAGCAUAAAUGGUCACUGCAAAAAAAAAAAGAAAAAAAAAGGAAAAAAAAAAGGGAAAAACACGGAAAAGGAAAUUUCUCAUCAUAGGAUUUACCUUAACAAGCAAUUAAUCAGGAAAUUCUCCAGUCGGAAUCAACCGUUAUUUUCAAAAUAGGCUUGAAGUAACUGGUAAUUUAACAAUGUUUUGUUUUCAAGAGUAUUUUUGUCAGUCACAGAUUAGAGAUCAUCCAGCCAAUGGAUUACGUUUGCACGCAUUAAGAAAUAGAUGCUGAUGUGCAGGUCAAAGGUAUUACAGAUUUGUGAUAUUGGAAUGCAGUACAAGUCAAAAAAUGAGGCAUAAAAGCUCUAAUCUGAGCAACAUCGAAUUCAUGGUUCAUAAAGUUGUAUAAUAUUCCUAAAAACAAAUACAUUUGUCAUGGCACUGUUAGCUACAUUGGUGACACGAUAAGAAUCAUACUCACAUGCUUAAUAAAACAAUACAUAGACUGAAUCAGUGGGAAAAAAUGAUCUCUCGUCUGAAAUUAAAGUUUUUUUUUUUCAUUUUGAAUAAGGACUAUUU